CGGUUGUUUUUUGUGUGCAAGUUCACGGUAAAACUCGAAUUGUUCAGAAACAAGUUUUAAAUCCCGUCUUUUCGGCGCGCUUUAGAGUUUGGGUUUUGAAUAUAAAAAUUGGGUAAUUAAUUUGGCUGCUAUAUCGGUUAUGUAUUUAAAGCCUCGGACGGGAUUUUUGCACCAGAAUGUUGAGUAUGGACGCGCUGCAAGUUGCCGAAGAGGAGGUGGUGGAGUCCAGUUCAAACAGACUGGGGGACAUUUACACGUUUGUCUCUGAAGGCUGUUACCCUCAAACUAUGAAUCCCAUUCGCAAGAAAAAUCUCAAAAGAUAUGCUCAGAAAUUUGUGAUUGAUGAUGGUCUGUUGUAUUAUGUGGGACCAAAGAAAGAAGAAAAGCGAGAAGUAGUGAUUGAGGCAGAGCGGAAGAGACAGAUAUUCCUGGAGUGUCACUUCAAUGACAUCGGGCAUCACCUGGGACAGAAAAAGACUGUUCACAGGAUUCAGUGUAAAUACUACUGGCUUGGCAUUGUCAAGGAUGUUGUGGAUUGGAUUAAAGUGUGUGAAACAUGUCAACACGCAGAGCGAAAUAAAAACCUGGCUAGAACAAUAAGACCUGUCAAGGUGGAUGGACCAUGGGAGAUUCUGGCAGUUGAAAUAAUUGGUCCGUUUCCAGGGAGUGUACGUGGUGGGAAUACGCACAUUGUUGUCAUCACAGAUUACUACAGUAAAUGGGUAGAGGCUUGUCCCAUAAAAAAGAAAGAUGGUCUAUGUGUUGCAAGAUGCAUUUCAUCAUCCAUUUAUAGAUUUGGCCCUGCAAAGACAAUAUUUUGCUCUCAAAGUGCUGACUUCUGUGAAGAGGUUACAAAGCAUCUGUGUGACAGGUGGAACAUAACGCAGAGUGUGUUGUCAGUAGACCAGCCCCAGCGGAACGCUCUGCAUGAUCGUAGCAAUAAUCUGCUGAGAGAUGCCAUAAAACAGAUGGUGGUGGAGAAACAGGUGGAAUGGGAUGAUUUUCUCGAUUCAGUUUUGGCUGUCUUUAGGAGGUCAAACAACCCUACAACAAAAUUCACACCACAUUUUCUAAUGUUUAACAGAAAAGCCAGUAUAUCUAGUGCGAUAAAAUUUGAGCCACUUAGUUACAAUCAGGACCGGAAGGAGUAUACCCUUAAUGAAGAGGACACAAGCUCUUUCCUUUCUUCCAUGCAGGAGCAACAGAAUACUGUCAAACAGAUGGUGAUUACAAAUAUGAACGUCGCCUACAGACAGGAAAAGAAGAAUGCAAAACGCAAGGCUAGAAACAUCCCCCCCAUUACUCUCACUGUGACUGACCCGUUGUUUAAUGCAGAGGUGUCACCCUCAACAAAAAAGCUUAAGGAAAGCCUGUACCUGUCAUUUCCAGUAGAGACAGUCUUAACCACAGUCCAGAAUGUACCCGAAGACAAGAAGAAUGGCUUAGAAUAUCCUCUAACAGGCUCUGAUGUACACUGAAAAACUUGCUUUGAUUGGACUGAUAUUAUAAAGGCACUCUUACAGCCUCCAAAUGUGUAUGUACAGUCUACAGCUUCAAGUAUUUGGAUCCUGGCUGUAAGGUGCUCCAUAGGGAGCAUUUCAAGUGGAUGUUUAAGAGGAAAAGUGGAUCACCCUGUGCUCCCUUUGAGUUUCAACACAUAAUGUAGUGAGAUGAAAUGGUUGUAUUUCGAUCCAAGGCCUUCAUUAACAUUGAUGAAGUUCAUAGGUUUUGCUGCAGAAAGUAUUUUCACAAAGUGAAUGCAUUCUGUUAGACAUUCACUGAACUACAUACCAAAAGAUGUUUGUAUGCUUUUGUGUUGAAUGUGUAUUGCUUAUUAACUAGUAUCCCAAAAAUCUUUUAUUUGAUCUGUAAAUGUGGUGAAAUAAUAAUUUUUAUGUAUCACCUUGGAAAAGUAUUAUUUCAUAUUUUUAUUAAGAGAAACUUCUUUUGAGUUAUUUUUGUCCAACUGAAUAUUUUUGUUAUUGUAUAACACCAUGUUGAAUGUUUAUAUCUAAACAAAGUGUUUUUCACUAUUAUUGCUGGUGGGUCUGAAUCUGCAAAGGACAGUUAUUGCUGAUUGCUAGACCCAAAAAUAAAGUAUUAUUAAGUAAUACUUAAAAAUAAAGGAAAUCCCCCCUCCCCCCAAUAUUUAUACAAUGAUCAAUGGAAACAUGCAGAUUCAUUCACACUGUAACCAUUUAUGGCAUAAAGUUAAU